GUGUUUUACUAGACUAGACAGGCAAAGGACUGUUCCUCCAGUAUCAGGAAAAUCCAAUAGGCCUGUCAAUGAAUGGCACCUUUAACAAGUCACACGUGUAAACCAGGUGGCUAUGAAUCGUUACUAACCAAAACUAGAUUCACACAACAGUAUGUCAGUACCCCCUAAUAAAGCCCAAUUUUUCUGUAUUCUAGCAAUUCAGCAAAAGAUUAUACCACAAAAUGCAUCUGUAAUUUUUGUGUGCUUAUACAUGUUUUGUUUAAACCAUUAAAACCAAAUGAAACGGUCAGGCUAAAUGUAACCACGACCGAACACCUAAAAGGGCUCUCGUUUUCUAGUAUUUGUAGUUGUGUACAUCACUUUUUUCUAUCCAGGGAUGUGGUAGAAACAGGAUCUGCUAGAAAAGAAAAACCCCACAAAGCCACAAAGGUACAAUCUUGAUUUUUUUCUUCAGGAAGAAUGAAGAUAAAAGUAGUUCAUCGAAGUGAACCCCCAAAUCAAGAACGUGUUAUCUACCCAGAUAUGCCCAUGCCCAAGAAAGAAGUUGUUGAUGAGGAACACGAAAAUCAACAACAACUUGGAAAUCUGGAAACUGUGCCUGAACCUGAUUCAGGAAUACCCAACUCGAGCAAUGGCAAUUUGAGUCUUGUUGUUGAUGGUUCUAUCCCAAUUAGCACUGUAACCCCAUCUACCCAAACUCCCUCUUCUGCCUUGCUGGGUAAAAGGAGGAGGAAGCCGAAGGAGUUGAUUGAUCAGAUUUCAACAGUUCCCUUCAGGAUGAAGAAAAGGGUAAUCAAGAAAUACUCUCCUGCUUCUCAAUUCAACAAUGGAGUAGCUGAUACUGGGCGCAGGUCAAUUAGCACCAAACAAGAGAGGGCUACAGCCGAUGGAUUUGGAAGUGCUACUCACAUGAAAUCACCAAUCAUCAUUCGAGCAGAGGAGUUCCUGUCAAAUCUUGGAAAUGAAUAUCCGAGCUGCAUGAAAUAUUUAGUUAGAUCACAUGUCGGUAGUUGUUUUUGGAUGGGGCUUCCUGUGCCAUUCUGCAAGAACCAUCUACCAAGAAAGGACACUCCGGUUAUUCUUGAAAGUGAGAAUGGCGACGAAUUUGAAAUAAAAUACAUUGCUGAAAAGACCGGACUUAGUGCAGGAUGGAGAAAGUAUGCUGCUGCUCAAAAGUUGGUUGAGGGAGAUGUUUUAGUUUUUCAACUAGUUGAGCCUACUAGAUUCAAGGUGUAUGUCAUAAGAGCAAAUGAUCUAAAGGAGGUGGAUGGCGCUCUUAGCCUUCUAAAUUUGGAUGCGCCCGCCAAGCUAAGUGAUGCAGAGGGAGCUAAUGCUAAUAGCAUAAAGAAACGUCAAAAGAAGUCUCUUCCCUUAACUGUUGUGCAAAAGAGGAGACGAAAGGAGGGUCCGAGUAAACAACUUGUGCCACUGGAGGCACAGUCUGGAAAUGAUAGCGAUGAGGUUGCUUCAGAAAUUUUAGAGGGCUCAAGGUUCUCUGGUCUUGCUAUUAAUUUUAGAGACAUUAAGAGCCUUGAGGAGUUCCACAUUCUGGUGAAUGGAGUGCGCAUAGACUCCGAACUUCCUGAACAUAUAAGGAGAAAAUACUAUGAGUUAUGCUGCAGUAAAAAUGCUUUUCUUCACGAUCGCCUAGAAGGCCUUCAUUGUAAGUUGGUUGCUGGUAUGAUUUUUGAAGUCGUCAACAUUGCUGAUAUGAUAAAAGCUUGCAAGCUCAGCACCCCACGGAAGGAAUUCGAUAUAUGGGAGAAGUCACUGAAAUCUUUUGAACUUCUGGGCAUGAGAGUUGGAUUUCUGAGGACCCGUCUGCGCUAUUUGCUGAGUCUUGCAUUCGACUGUGAAGGUGCUUCGGACACCAAGAGGUACUGGGAAGCUAAAAAGGAAUGGUCUCGAGCUGAAGAUGAGAUACGGAGUCUUGAAAUGAAACUUGAGGAACUGAAACAAGUUUCUGCAAAAUAUGGUGCUGAUGUUGAGGCUCUGAAAUCAAAAGCAGAGAGCUAUGAAAUUAUGUUCCAAGGAGAAGUCAACGCUCCUUGGUAAUCUUCUCUAAUAUAUUUCUACUUUACUAUAUGCUGCACGCAGCAAAUCAGAACGGAGAAAGUUUAGUAGUAUAUCUUAUCUUAGUUUGUGCAUGACCCUUUUGACUGCUAAAUUCUGCUGUUAUUGUUAUGUAAAGCCUGAACACCUAGCUAAAAAAGUUUCAACAAGUCUAGAUUCUAAAGUCACUGUUUUAAAAA